AUGAGCUUCAGCCACGCCUUGCCUUUCUUGUUUGCCACUCAUGAGAUCAAUCAGAGUCCUAGGCUGAUCCACAAUAUCUCCCUGGGCUACAACAUCUAUGAGAACUAUUUCAACCCCCUCAUAACAUAUGAGGCCAUGAUGGGCUUUCUGUCUAUGGGGCAGGAGAACACCCCAAACUACAGUUGUGGAAGAAGAAAAAAUAUCUUGGCCAUAUUUGAAGGGACUGAUUCGGACCUCUUUAAUCACAUUUCAACCAUGCUGAGCAUCUACAAAAUCCCACAGAUCAAUUAUGGUGUUUUCAACCCAAUUCCGGAGCAUAAACAGCAUUCUCCUUUUUUCUACCGGAUGAGUCCUAACCAAGAACCUCCUCAUUUGGCGAUUGUCAAGCUGCUCCUGCAUUUCCGAUGGACGUGGAUCGGCCUCACUGCUCCAGACAAUGAAAAUGGGGAAAAGCCUAUGUUGUCCAAGAAAGUUUCAGAAAGAUGCCUAGAAAAAAUGAACUGGGAAAUGCCACCCCAUGAUGUGGUUGCAAGAAUCCUGUCUGAGGAUGGCUCCAGUAUUUUCACAGCAAUUCAGGCCAUGUCCUGGGUCCUCAAUGCUGCCUAUUCUGCCCAACUGAGGAGGAGGAGGAGGCAGGUUGGAGACCAUCGGAUGCCCCAGAUGUUACAGCCAUGGCAGAAGGUGCCUUUGUCGAGAUGCACAGAAAACUGUCUCCCAGGAUACACCAAGCUGACAAGAGAAGGAGCACCAGUCUGCUGCUAUGACUGUUCUCCAUGCAUGGAAGGAACCAUCUCUGGGCAAGAAGAUGCAUCCAGUUGCAGCCAAUGUCCGGAUGACCAGCAUUCCAAUAAGAAGCGAGAUCAAUGUGUCCCAAAAGUUAUCAGCUUCCUAUCCUAUGAAGAAAUCUUGGGUCUCAUCUUGGCUUCCUUGGCCCUUGCUUUCUCCCUAACCACUAGCUUUGUUCUAGGAAUCUUCAUUAAAUACCGAGAAACUCCCAUCGUCAAAGCCAACAACCGGGACCUCACCUACAUUCUCCUGGUUUCCCUCCUCCUCUCCUUCUUGACCUCCCUUCUAUUCAUUGGUCACCCAAACAAAGUGGCCUGCCUUCUUCGACAAACCACCUUUAGUGUUGCUUUCUCAGUUGCUGUGUCUUCUUUGCUGGCCAAGACUGUCAUGGUGGUGAUGGCUUUUCUGGCCACAAAGCCAGGCAGCAGGAUGAGGAAAUGGCUGGGGAAGACUCUGGCCAACUCUAUUGUCUUGUCCUGCUCUGGGGUUCAGGUGGGCAUCUGCGUGAUAUGGCUGAGAAUCUCUCCCCCAUUCCCAGACUCUGACAUGCAUUCCCAACCAGGACAUAUCCUGUUACAGUGCAAUGAAGGCUCAGUCUCCAUGUUCUACACUGCACUGGGCUACAUGGGCUUUCUGGCUGCCAUCUGCUUUUUGGUGGCUUUCUUGGCCCGAAAUCUGCCAGGGAACUUCAACGAAGCCAAGUGGAUCACCUUCAGCAUGUUGGUUUUCUGCAGCGUUUGGGUCUCCUUUGUCCCCACCUACCUGAGCACCAAAGGGAAAUACAUGGUGGCUGUGCAGAUUUUCUCCAUCCUGGCCUCCAGCCUGGGCUUACUGGGCUGCAUCUUUAUCCCCAAAUGCUACAUCAUCAUUCUGAGAGCUGACAGAAACACAAAGCAGCAGUUAAUGAUAUAAAACAAUAAGGAAACCGGAUUUUGGUGCCUAUUGUUCAAUAGUUAA